AUGACGUUGGUAUUCAAACGCGUCAAGGCCCCUUUCCAAGGCGAGCUUCCGUCCUGCACGAAUCUUGUCAAACAUUCCUCAAGUCUUGUACAACAAAAGCCCGGCAAGAAGGUCCUGCUUCGUUCCUUGAUCCCGUCUCAUCAGCUCCCUAGUCUCCAAUCAGUUGAGACAUGUCUGAUGUUGCUACACGCGUGUCUCUGCAUCUAUCUCACCGACGGGACGUUUGUGCAGCUGCAAACAGGCGGAAAGAAGAGACAAGCAGCCACAAUGGAACGUUUGCCGAUCCCAAUUGAUCUCCAGUCAUUGUUUGUCAUUCCUAUCGAAACGUCAAAUUCUUGUUCACUGUUCGACAAAACCUCAUUCUAUCCUUCGACAAAAGCGAAUCGAGAAUAUGACGAAAACUCUAGGAAGCUAUCAGGGAACACAACUCUAGGGCGAACAUUCCAGAGAGAGAGACCUGCUAAUUACCAUCAGGCUCCAUCCGAGUCUUGCGAAACCUUCCUGCCGUUCCGCGACCCGACAUGCCGGGCCCUAACAAUCCGAGGAAUGACGCUCGGCCACUACUUGAAGAACCCUUGGGGAACUAUCGAGUUGUCGUGGCCACAUACAUUCCAUGCCAUCUGCGCAGCGUGUAGAGAAGCAAGAAGAUUCGGGACGGCCCAGAUCCGCGCUCAGCCAGCCCAAGGCAUUACCAGGCUCGCCAAUCCAGUUACGGUCUUGACAGGUAAUCGAGUUGAGACUUUGCCGUGGAAGAGCCUCGAGAUUCAUUGUUCACCCCUCUGCAUCCACCUUUUUCGUCAUACGACUCAGGAGUUCUCGGCCAGCAAAGCCUUGCACGAAAUCGCACGGUGGAGACUAUGCAGGCAUCUUAUCCGCAGGAUCAUUCGGGCUGGAAUACACUCCAGAGGGCUAAGCGAGGGCGGCGCGGCUGGAACAUGUCUUACAAGUCAUUUUGGUGUGCCCCUGGCGGAAGCUAGUCCACCACUCGACCAGAUUCCCGGGAAUCAUGUCUCGUUCCUCUACACGGACGGCCCGGUGGCCCACGGGAAACUUCCGGCCUUGGCUGAUUUUACAAUGGCACGCGAUGUCUCGCCAUAUAUGAUUUCGGAAAGCGAUAGCCAUUACAGGAUCUCGAUCGACGGAUGGCAGGCACCCGAGAGAGACAGAGAGAGGGAGAAACUGAGAUUCGAGCAAGCGAGUGCUUGCGUUUGCACAGGGAACUCUUUCGCGGUUCUAACGCAGCCUUGGCGGAUUGGAAAAAAGCAUCCACCUUGGGGAUAUUUGGUGGCUUCUCUGCUGGAUAUGGUCAAACCACGACGUUCCUCUUUGACUAUCAAGCGUGCUGUUUUCGUUCAUGGUCAAUUAGCCAACCUCUCGACAUGCAUAGGCAAGUUUGUCUUCCGGAUGUUUGAUAUCACGUUUCUACACGUUUCAACCCUCAUUUACAACUGCAAGAGCCGUGGUGCAAAGGAACGAGCUCAAGUGCCGAUAGUAGCUAAGCAGGACUAUUUGGGAGACGCCCGGUACCCAGUUCGGGACGCUCUGGUGCUCUAUCCGCGGAACAUGGCUUCAGGCCCUUCGAGACAUAAAUGUGUUAACAUUUUCCUGGUUUCGGACUUCUGGGUAGCUACAUACCUGGCAGCAAAUUGCGUUUUACCCGCAAUACAUUUAGCUACAUUACCACCAUAUCAACCACCACAGGGUCAGGGAGCGAAGAUGAAAUACACAGUACACGUCUUCGAGACUCGUAGCAUCUACUGGAACAUUAAAAUCUACUCGUUCUUUUUUUCUGCCCACGUCUCCUCUCGCGCACCUCCACCUCUCGGUAAAGAGAGGGUCUGUGCUUCGGUAAGAGAUAGAGUUCACCUGACAGGCCCAUUCGGUGUGAUGCUACUGCGAAAAUUGCGGGGAAAACGGAGCGGAACGGGGGAGGGCCGGGGUGGGGAGGACCUUCCCGACCCUCCCGCAAAACCCCCCUGGCGCACCCGAAAGGAGCGUGUAAUCUCGGGUUUGUUUGGUUCGAAUCAUCUAAUUGAGGUUAUGCAUCACGCGAUUGAUGUGAUCCCAUAUCCGUCGGUUCAUGUCCGCCGGGUCGUUAUUCGAGGGUAUCUUGAACCAUCGCUGUAUCGCUUAGGGGACCCUUCGUCCAGCGUCCAGACCACGAUUCCAUGGUCCAACGAAUAUCCUGACACCAGACCAGUCGAGAUGGAAUCAUUCAGAACCAAGAGGUGA